AUGAGAGAAGUUAUCAGUAUUAAUGUCGGUCAAGCUGGUUGUCAAAUCGGUAACGCCUGUUGGGAAUUAUAUUCUUUAGAACAUGGUAUUAGACCAGAUGGUUAUUUACAAGAGGGAUUAACCAGACCAAAAGGUGGUGAAGAAGGGUUUUCUACUUUCUUCCAAGAAACUGGUAAUGGUAAAUAUGUCCCACGUACCGUUUACGUUGAUUUAGAACCAAAUGUCAUUGAUGAAGUUCGUACCGGUAAAUACAAGGAUCUUUUCCACCCAGAACAAUUGAUCAGUGGUAAAGAAGAUGCUGCCAACAAUUAUGCAAGAGGUCAUUAUACUGUUGGUAGAGAAUUAUUAGAUGAUAUCUUGGAUAGAAUUAGAAAAAUUGCCGAUCAAUGUGAUGGUUUACAAGGUUUUAUUUUUACUCAUUCCUUAGGUGGUGGUACUGGUUCAGGUUUAGGUUCUUUAUUAUUGGAACAGUUAUCUAUGGAUUACACUAAGAAGGCUAAAUUAGAAUUUGCUGUAUACCCAGCUCCUCAAGUUUCUACUUCUGUAGUGGAACCUUAUAACACUGUUUUGACUACUCAUACUACUUUAGAACAUGCCGAUUGUACAUUUAUGGUUGAUAAUGAAGCAAUUUAUGAUAUGUGUAAAAAAAAUCUAGACAUUUCAAGACCAAGUUUCUCCAAUUUAAAUAAUUUAAUUGCUCAAGUCGUUUCCUCAGUUACAGCUUCUUUAAGAUUCGAUGGUUCAUUGAAUGUUGAUUUAAAUGAAUUUCAAACCAAUUUAGUCCCAUAUCCAAGAAUACAUUUCCCAUUGGUAUCUUAUGCUCCAAUCUUAUCUAAAAACAAAGCAUUCCACGAAACUAAUUCUGUGUCUGAAAUUACCAAUGCUUGUUUUGAACCAUCAAAUCAAAUGGUUAAAUGUGAUCCUAAGACCGGGAAAUAUAUGGCUAACUGUCUUUUAUAUAGAGGUGAUGUUGUUACAAGAGAUGUUCAAAAUGCUGUUUCACAAGUUAAAAAUAAAAAAACUGUUCAAAUGGUGGAUUGGUGUCCAACUGGUUUCAAAAUUGGUAUUUGUUUUGAACCUCCACAUGCUACUCCAGAUUCUCAAUUAGCUAAAGUUGAUAGAGCUGUUUGUAUGCUAUCAAACACUACAGCUAUUGCUGAUGCUUGGAAGAGAAUCGAUAGAAAGUUCGACUUGAUGUAUUCAAAGAGGGCUUUCGUUCAUUGGUAUGUUGGUGAAGGUAUGGAAGAAGGUGAAUUCACUGAAGCUAGAGAAGAUUUAUCUAAUUUGGAAAGAGAUUAUUUGGAAGUAGGUGCUGAUUCUUACCAAGAUGAAGAAUUUUAA